AUGUACAGUACUAAUUCUUCCAGGAAUCCUUGGGGAAAUUCAUUUGAACGAUUCAGUGGCAAUAAUUCUCUUACAUCUAUCGAUGAGCUAAAGAAGUCAAUCAGAGAACAAAAAAUUUUGUUGGCAACAACUGGCCAAGAUUCUGUUGAAGAAUACAGUGAGCACCAAGGCCUCGAUGUUAGCAUCGAAGAAUUGAAGCGACGCAUUAUCUCUUUAAACCAAGAAAUGUACGAUAAGCAACAAAUGGCUGCUUCUGCAGGUCGGUCAACUCUAAGUCCUGCUCAAUGGUGGGAGCGUUACGAGCUUAAUAUGAGACAACUAGAAGAUAUAGCAGACCAAAGACGGGCUCUGUUAAAAGAAAUUGAUUAUCUUGUUGGCACUAACAUGAAAAAUCUAGAGGAAGAAUUGAUUCAGGAAACUGAAAAAUUGAAUACGGCUAAAUCAAAGGCGUCUCAACUAAAAAAAUCCGUAUAUACGCCUUCCUCUAUCAAUUAUGAUCAACCUGGAAUGACAGAAUCAGAGCGUAUUCGUGCAAAGGCACAAGCCAUGGUAGCCGCUCGCCUAGGAAGAAGUAGUAGCUCAAACACUUCAUUGCAACAUGAUAAUGCCGAAAGCGAAAGCGCCAGACAAAGAAUGUAUCAAGUAACUCAAUUUAUAGGCGAGAUCAAGCAGAUUCGGAGGGAAGUAGAGUCAAUUGUCGAAGCAAAUUUAAGUGAAGUAGAUCAAGAUUUGGUUUUAGGUGCUAAGCAAUUAAAAGAUCGCCAGAUGUUUGAACAAGGUCUAUAUAUUGAUGAUGAAUUGGCUCGCUUUAUUGAUACGCUGGAAAGAUCGUUAGUGACCAACUCACAUAAGAGAUCUUAUUUACCAACCCAAAAGAUGCCACUGCUUCCACCGCUUCCAUUAUCAUCUAUACCGCCAUAUUCCCAACCACCUCCUCCAAUACCCACAUCACAGAGACCAGGGACACCUAGAUCCGCUGCAGAUAUUAAAGCUGAAGCUCAUAAGCGUAUUGAACAACGGAAAUUGCUUUUUGUCAAAGAUUCCAGUAAAACACAAUCCACUGUCUCAGCAGAAGAUCCGUGUCGAUUGACAGAGGACAUAUAUGUUAGUGGGGAGGAAAUAGCAGCUCAAGAAAGAAUGAGACAAGCGGAAGCGGAUGCCCGCGCCCGACUAGAUGCUAUGCGCGAAAAAAGGCACAAAUUAAGAAAAGAAGCUGCCGAAGCAGAAGAAAAGAAAAAGAGGGCAGCUGCUGAAGCCACUGCCGCUGCUGAAGCAGAGAUGCUCGCUGAAAAAAAAGUGAAACAGCAAGAAGAGGACGAUCGUAUGGCUAGAACAGAGAAAGCACACGGCAAAUUAGCCGAGCAACAACGUGUACUACGAGAAGCAGAGUUUGAAAGAUUACGAUUAGAGCGCGAAGAGAAAUCGAGAUUAGAAGCAGAAAAACUUAAGAAACGUGAGGAGGAGGAACGGAUUGCUGAAGAAAUACGUCAAAAUGAAGCUCGCAAAGCAGCAGAACAAGCUGCCCAGGAAAAGCGUUUACGCAGAAUGGAAAUUGAACGUCGUGAAAGGGAAAUAGAAGCCGCUAGAUUGGAAGAGUUAAAAAGACGCAAACAAUGGGAGGAAGAAGAAAAUCAGAAAAGGCUUGAAGAGGAAAGAAGAAUUAAAGCAAAAGAAGAGGAGGCAGCUCGAAUUCGUAAACAGUUGGACGAGGAAGAUGAAAGACUCGAGCAGCAAAGAAAGCGCGAAAAAGAAAAGCGUCUUAAAGAAGAAGCCGAAUCUCUGGUACGGGAGGAGGAAGAAAGAAUAUUAAAACAGAAGCAACAGGAGGAGAAAGCAUUGUAUGAGGCUGGAGUAGAAGAUAUAGAGGCCGAAACAUCACAAAUUGAUUCUAUGUAUUAUUCUUCCCCUGCUAGCUCUUUAUUGGCUACUCAAAACAGUACUACAGCGGGUACAAGUGGAUAUGGAAUUGAUGUAGAGGAUGAAGUUAAUUUUACAAUAAUCUAUCGGGUGAAAACUUUAUAUGAAUAUCAAGGGGUACGUGAGGAUGAUUUAUCUUUUUCAGCUAACGAAACACUUAAAGCGCAUCCUUCCAAAGAUAAAGGAAGUGAUUGGUGGUAUGGCACAUCCUUGUCAACAAAUCAAGUUGGAUUUUUCCCUAGAACAUACGUUGAAGUUAUAGAAGAAGCUGACGAGGUUAUUAUUGUCCAGCCUUUCCAAGAUGAAAAUAGUGACUGGUGGUAUGGAACAAGUGAAGACACAGAAGAGAGUGGUUACUUUCCAAAGACGUAUGUGGAAAAGAUUAAUUCUGUAUCCAAAAAUAAUCAAAUAUCACCUUCAGCAACGUCAAUGUCAAUUUCGAUUAGCGGAGGACAAUCAUCACAAAACAACUCUCACUCUGCGGGCGUCUUUUUAACAGUUUCAGAUCAUGAUCUACCUCGUGGAUUGUCAGCGCCCAACACCCCAAUAAUGAAAAAAGUAAAUUUAGGGGUGGAUAAAGCGCAAUUAUCUAAACGUCGUAGAGCAGCUAGUACUGUCAGUUCCACCAAUCAAAACAACAUUGGUUCACCACAGCUAAUAUUUCCACGCUCUGGCAGCGUAUCAGAGAAUUUAGAACUUUUAACUUGGGCUAGUACGAUGGACCCAUUGGAGCUUGAAGCUAUACCACCUGAGGAACGUAAAAGACAAGAAGCUAUAUUCGAACUAAUUGCUACAGAGAAAACUUACCUAAACGAUCUCCAGAUGAUUAUCAAUAUUUUUUAUGCGGAUUCUGGAAAGUAUUUAACCCAAGAUGAACGCGAUGUCGUGUUUUCAAACAUAGAUGAUCUGUUGAUAUGUAAUACAGCACUUUUAAGCGACAUGGAAAAUAGACAAAACGAAAAGGCCAAUGUUGCAGAUAGCUUACAGUGUUAUUCUACUUAUUGCCGAAAUCAGUCGUACGCCACUAAGUUUUUACAGAAAAAAAGAGAAGAUGACCAAUGGUUUGAAGUUUUCUUAAAGACCGCGCAAACUAGAGCAGAAUGUCGUUCUUUAGACCUUUCGCACUUUUUAUUAGAGCCUGUACAGCGUAUCACUAGAUAUCCUCUUCUACUUCGUCAGAUUUUAAAUAAUACACCAAAGAAGCAUCCCGACCAUUCGCUAGUCAGAUCUGCGUUGUCGAUAGCUCAAAAGGUUCUUGAAGACGUAAACGAAGAAACGAGACGGUUCGAAAACAUUCAAAAAAUGUCUGAGCUAUCUAGAAUUUUGGAUUUAGAAGGAACAGUGAAUUUGAACGUUCCAGGCCGAGAAUUUGUUAUGGAUGGAGCUCUAUUUAAAGCCAAAAGUGGUCGUAAAUUACACGGUUUUUUGUUCAACGAUCUUCUAAUCCUUGCAGAACCAUUAAAAAGCCUUAGUCCCAAAGGCUAUCUAUAUAGUCUUUAUAGAGAGCCUAUGCCUAUAGAGUCAGUCAGUGUUCGUCAGCAACAGACAAUGACUUUAAAACCCUCUUUUGGGGGUAACAAUAAUACAGAUGAUCUAUCAUUCCAAAUUGUUUCUGGAAGCCAUGUUAUAGCGGUUAAGACCUCCUCUGCAUCUCAAAAGCGUCAAUGGAUGAACCAAAUUCAACAUUUUAGUGCCCUUCAACAAUAUAGAUAA